AUGUCCGCCCCCGUGUCCCCAUCAGGUGCUGCUUCAGGCGCUUCUUCAGGCACUUCUUCAGGCGCUCCUUCCGGCAACCCGGUUGCGCCCAGUGGCUCCGCUACCUCCGCCAUCCCACAAACCCUUCCUCCUGGUGGUGCAACUAUCACCCAGCCCCCUCAGACAGCCACCUCCUACUUCAAAAUCGCCCCCAACCAGCUCAUUACCUUUGGAUGGAACCUGACGAGCGUCGUCAGAACGCCAACAAGCCUUACCAUCAGCGCGGUUGGCGCCAACGGCAACACCUACGCAGUCGGGCCAGAUGAGCAGGGAAGGGUGCCCGGGACGGCGACGCAGGUAGUGUGGGAUGUCUACUCGUAUCAGCAGGCCCACCCAGGGACCCAGCUUGCGCAAGCUCAAUAUACGCUGCAUAUCUUCGAUGAACGAGGGCCAACCGCAACGGCGCAAGCCGGUCUGAUGAGUCCAAAUACCGCUUUGACCUUUGCACUCUAUACACCACAAGGCUAUACGCCUCUCGCAGAUGGCUGGUCGUGCACAGGUUGCAACGGAGCCCUUGCUGCCCGCCCCGCUGCUUUUGGUCUCUUGUUCACCUUCCUCAUCAUGCUCAUUAGCGGCAUACGAAUAUUCCGCUCACGCGCUUAG